AUGUUUCUUUGUUAUCCUCAUUUCCUUCCCUCUCUCGAAUCGACAUCACUAUAUCUACUUCGCUCUAACUUCUCAAAACCCCUCAACUUAAUCCCUCGAUCGACAUGGCAUCCAACGGAAACCUUUCCAUUCCCAUCGUCGACCUGUCGCCUUUUACGUCUGGCGAAGCAGGAGGCGACCUAGAGUCUCGCAAACGCGCAGCUGCGGCAGACCUGGCAGAGAAAUUACAAGUAAAUGGAUCUGUGGGCAUCAUCGGUCACGGAGUACCAGUCGUCCUGCUCCAGGAGGCCUUCAGAAUGGUUAAAACACUGUUCAAUCUGCCGUACGAGGACAAGAUGAAGGCGCCGCAUCCAGACGGCACGGUGCCGCAUCGAGGCUAUUCCGGCCUCGGUAGGGAGCAAGGCGCCGCCAAAACUGCUCUCGAGACGGACGAUGAGAUAGAGAAGGAUGCUUAUACGAGCGCGUCAGACUACAAGGAAAGCUAUGAAAUCGGCAGUGAAGAGAAUCGGAUACAGUACAACAUUUGGCUUCCUGAAGAUGUCUUUCCCGGUUUUCGCCACUUCACCAUCGAGUUGUUCUGGACUCUGAACAAGACGACAAACGCCAUUCUCGACGCUCUUAUCAUGAGUCUAAACUUAAGCGAGCAGGAAGCCAAUUCUGUGCGAGCACUACAUACUGGCCAUGACAACCAACUGCGAUUACUGCAUUAUCCGUCUAUAUCGGGCGAGAUGCUUGCCAAGGAGAAGGAUAUUGGCCGUCUCGGAGCACAUACCGAUUGGAGUACUUUUACUCUUCUCUUCCAGGAUACGCAUGGCGGGCUGGAAUUCCACGAUCGCCAGACGGACGAGUUUGCUCCAGCGACGCCUAAAGAAGGAGUGGUGUAUAUGAACAUUGGGGACAUGUUUCAACGGAUCUCCAAUGGUUUUUAUCCUUCGGCACGUCAUCGUGUGGUCAUCUCUGGGAAAGCCAAGGGCGAAGCAACGCCGGCACGCUACUCAAUUCCAUACUUUCUCGUACCACAGCCAGAUGGAGUCAUAGAGCCUCAGCCGUCUCUGGUGGUGGCUCAUGGGAAGCAGGUCUACAAGCCCGUGACGUUCAAUUCCUAUUCUGAGGAAAUGUUUCGGGCCACGCAGGUUCGUGAGUAGAUAGAUGCUUUGUCUUACGGGCAAUUCGAAUCGGUUUGGUGAUGAUAGAUGUUGAGAAUCAUAAGAAUU